AUGCCUCCCAAAGGUAAAGGUCGAAAGGCGGCAGCCGCAAAGAAACCAGUACGACGCUCCGAAAGAGCAUACAAAAAUGCAACACCACCAGCCGAAGAAGAGAUCCUAGCCGGACCAGAGAGAUUUGCACCGUGGUUCCCCCUCCUGCAAAAGAUCAGAAAAGACAACUGGAAGCGACAAAACAACAUUUCGCUAGAAGGCACCAACUUACACCCAGCUCAGACGCAAGCGAAGGACGAAUUCCCCGAGAUCCUAGAGAACAUACACCGCUCUUUGAGUGCUGCCCCCAAGGUCUACGACAACAAAUUGGUUCCGCCAAGUGAGUAUCCCGCCGUGCAGCUGCAGAACGGCGUCCUCACUCCCGAAUUGUCAAGACGACCGAGGAACUUGGAAUGGCUACGAACGCGACUCCGAACAGCCCGACACAUCGCCGACUGGCCUGUCACCAAAUGGCAGUCUUACAGCAUGCAUUCGUACUUGAACACCACCAAGGAAGCCGUCAUGUGCCGGACGAUGCCGCUGUUCCAAGAAUACUCCCACGACCCCAGCUACAUCAGGACGUUCUGCCAAUGCUUCGAAGACUUUCCCGAAUACGUCCCCUUCUCCCGCGGAAUCGAGAAACCUUGCCCUGGAUUCGCCCAAGGAUUCAAGCUCGAUGCGUAUCCCUGCGUCGACGUCGAGUAUCUCUCCGCCUCGGUAUGCUUCACCCGCAGUCAGACUUCCCUCGUCCAUCCACACCUCGCCGGCGACUUUACCUACGGAGACCUCAAAGCCCUGGAAGCAGCAAGCGCACGCCACGGCGCGGCAAUGGUCUACAUGCGAAACAUUGCCCUCGCCCACAUGCAGAAGGAGAUUCUACCUGACAUUGCCGAGGUCAUGACGUUUACAACCAACGGCGUCUUCAUCAACUUCUACGCGCACUAUGAAUCUAGAUCUUCGGAUGGUAAGGUGGUCUAUCACCAGUAUCCUAUUUUGACGGCGAACCUGCUUGGGUCGUAUCACGAGUUUCUGCAGGGCGUUGCGAUGUUGCGGAAUUGUCAGGACCAUGCUCUGUUUAUGGCUACGCACCUGAGGGAUGCUCUGGAGAAGUAUCACAUACGGAACGGUGUAAGUGCUUGGACGUAUCGUUUGGAUCAGGGCGAACAUAUUCUGUCGGAGAGCGAGGACAGCGAGAUGGGAGAGGCUCACGAUGUAAGGGAUUUUGUGAAUGGAGACGGAGCUUGUUCGAGUGAUGGCGAGAGCACGGAUGGAAGCAGCAGCGACGAGGACGAGUCUUAUGACACGGCUUAUGAAGAUCAGUCGCCAAGGAAGCUUCGAGUUCGGGGAUUGAUGAUGCUGAGGCCGAAGAGAGGAGGGGUGUUGAGGAGGGAGCAGAGGGAUUCCAGUUCGCAGAAGCGGAGAGCCGGUAAGGGUGCUGACGGGGCGGCAAAGAAGAAGAGGAGGUAG